AUGUUUUCGCUGUCCAGCAUGGUCUGCUUCGACUGCCCCUUCAUCAACGUGCUCACCAAGUGCGACUUGCUGAGCAAAGAGUUCAAGGAGAACGGCGUACUGGAGCACUUCUGUAUGUGCGACUUUGACUACAUGGACCUCUCAAGGCUGCCUCCACGCUUCCGUGCCAUGUCGCGUCAAGUUGGGGCGCUGCUUACAGACUUCAACCUGGUGACCUUUCGCCCGGUGGACAUUGAGGAGGUGGGGUACGUGAGCAACCUGUGCAGCGUGCUGGAUGAGACACUGCAGGUGGCGGAUGAGGCGGAGGUGCAGGACCACGACUUGGCGAACAACUGA